AGAGACAGAGUAGGGCGGGUUAUGACCUCGCCAUCAACGGGAAAUAAAUUAGUUAACGGUAGAUAGCUGCCUGCUCAACAAUAUUAAAUGUUAGCUUAUGUGCUUCCACGAAGAUACAUUUUGUCUUAGGCGGAUCAUGACCAUAUGUGUGACUUAAAGCAGAAUAAAAUGGUCCUGCACAGUUAAGGAAGCAGUAAUGCCAUAGAGGAAGGCGGCACUGCCAAGUCUCCUCCACCGGGGAGGAGAACUUUCCUCGAAAAUGGCAACUGAACUGCAUGAGACCAUUUUCAUCGCCAAACAGGAGCGCCACAAAAAUCUGUUUCUAAACUACAGAAACCUGAACAAUUUCCCUGUAGAGCUGCUGAAGGAUGAAGGCCUGCAGUUUCUGGAGAGAUUGUACAUGAAGAGGAACUCACUCACUACGCUGCCUGAUAAUCUUGCUCAGAAGCUCCCAAAUCUGAUUGAAUUGUAUUUGCACUCAAACAACAUAGUCAUUAUUCCUGAAGCUAUUGGAAACCUGGCCAGACUGCAGUCCUUGGACCUGAGCAAUAAUGCCCUGCAGUUCCUCUGUCCGGAGGUCGGCCGACUGAGGUCUCUACGGCACCUCAGACUGUCCAACAACCAGCUGAAAUGCCUUCCUCCAGAGAUCGGUGAUCUGCAGGAACUGGAGACUUUGGACAUAUCGAUGAACCAGCUGAUGUCUCUACCUGAUCGGCUGCACCGCUGUAUUUCUCUGCAGAAUCUGACCGCAGACCACAACAUGUUGAGUCACGUCCCACGGCAGCUCUGCUGGCUCCACCGCCUCAACCAGCUCUCUAUGGCUGCCAACCGGCUGACCUUCCUCCCGCUUGAUCUGGGCAAAUCACGGGAGCUGCAAUUUGUGUUUGUGGACAACAAUGUGGACCUAAAAGGCCUUCCCUCCUACUUGUAUAACAAGGUCAUCGGCUGCAGCGGGUGCGGUGUGUCAGCCCAGGUGUUGGAGGGCGAGCUUGGGGAGGUUCUGGGUGAGGCCCUGGGUGAGGCCCUGGUUGGUCUUCCAGCUGAAGUGAAGGUGGUGGGCUCAGAGACAGAUAGUGUGGUUCCACUGGAGGAACUCGCCAUGAGAACCCUUCACCGCUUCUACCACCACCGCCCAACAGACCUCAACUUGCUGCCUCCCAUCAGCCUCCCGAAGACCCUGCUGGACCUGCUGCGGUUCCCCCUGGGACACUGUCACCGCUGUGGUCAAGCAAUGUUCACCAUCGUCUUCCCCAAACUCUUCCCCCUCCGUGACACUGCACUGGCCGGAGUACACCGCAGGACAACUGUGAGUUUCGUGGCCUACUGCUGCUCCAGUCACUGCCUCCGGACCUUUGACCUCCAGGGAUGAUGACAUUUUCUUCAUCCCCAUACACGAGAUGGAGCUGUUGAGUGGUUUCCAGGAGGUGACAGACGUGACCACUUUGUGUGGAUCUCAAAGGCCUUAGAGUGCAUCAGUGCAGGAGCCCUGUGCUUGAUUGACAACACUAAGAACCAUAGCAGCAGCCUGUAGAUGUAUGGUGGGUGAGAUGAUGGACACACAGCUUGUUCGGCAGCAUUUCAGCGCUCUUCAAAGACCCAAGCCUACAUGAUGUUCCUGAGUCCUAUCAGCUGGGAGGAUUGUAUUCUGGUGUGUGUGUGGUGGAGAUCAAAAAUAAUAACUGCUGUGUGUGGCCAGUACACCUAUGUGCUCAUUCAGCUAGCUCUGUCUGGAAACUAACAAUGUAAGGCAUGAAGUAACUUGUUACAGAUGGGCACUUCUCAAAAACAGGCACUAUUUGAUUUUUAUGAAAUUUUUCCACACAGUGUACUGCAACAGGCACAUCCCAUUAACCGCGGCGUCAUAUGAAACUUCAACAGUAGCCAUGUGUCUUUUUAAACAAAGACACUCGAGUCUAAUGCAAGUUGAUGUAAGGACUAUAAACGAAUGUUUUUGUCAUUACAUUAAGUUAAAUGCACUCUGUCGAAUUUUCAGGAAUCCAGAAUGAUUUAUUGUGACAGACUAUUUCAGCAACCCUGUAGAGGUUUAACUUCUGCCGACUCGGUAAGUUUGAAGUCAAAGUUUUCUGUCAUUAUCUGUGUGAAACAGGGUUUGUACACCUCAGAGCCACUGUGUGAUUCUCUUGUUGACACGUGUGUUAAUUUCGUUACUGCGUUGUGCAAUUCUAAUUUAUCGUUUUUGGCAGUAAAUGUUGACUGAUGUUUCA